GUGGUCUUGGAUGUCCGAGUUUCUAAUUUGGUUAUGCGACAUUGUACUUUCUGAUUUGCAUUAAUAAUAUUGCUCAUUUUUGCUUAAAAAAAAUAAUUGCUUAAAAAAUUCAAAUAUGAAAUAUCUAUGGAGCCCCACGACUCUAACUAAAACCAACCAACUUUUGAUAGCAAUGUACACAUGAGAUUAAUUAAUUGUAAAAGACAAACCCUCAACUAGAAUUAGAAACACAAACCAAAACGUUAGCUUUAAUACGUCAUAUUAAAUAAUAAAUUUUUAAUACGUCGUACUAUAUAAUAGUAAGUUACAAUUUUUUUAUUGUUUCUAGUAUAUUUUAUCAAAUACAAUAUGAAUAUGCUAGAUAAUAAAGGAGCUACUCCCUACGUCCAUUUACAAAUAUCUCACUUUUCAUAAUGAAACGUUUCAUUAUAAAUGUCUCAUUACUUUUGUAGCAAAUAAUUAAAAUAUUACUCUCUCUUCACACCUAUUUUUAAUAUAUAAUUUUUCUCUCUAUCAAUUCACUUUAUUUAUUAAUUACAUACUCCCUUCGUCCCACUCCAAAUGUCUCAUUUUCUAUUUUGGGUUGUCCCAUUUCAAAUGACUCAUUUCCUUUUUUGGCAAUACACACUCUCUCUAUACUUAAUAUUUAAAUAAUUUCCAUCAACUCACUUUAUCUACUUUAUACACAUUUCUUAAUUUCCGUGCCCAAAGAAAGGAGACAUUUAGAGCGGGACGGAGGGAGUACUAUUUUUUUAAUUUUUGUAUAAAAAAUAACGAGAUAUUUGUAAUGAAACAGAGGAGUAUUAUGGAUUUCAAAUUGUUGCAAUAGUCUCUAAGAGCACUCACAACAGAAAUCCCAAAAUUAUGCUCCUAUAUUCCUCCCUAAAGCUUCCAUAUUUAAUUUUAGGAUCUCGAUUUUAUAAAUGCAUACACCAGAUCUCCUAUUUUCUAUAUAAAAAUAAUAAUUAUGUGUGGGCCCUACUAAUUAUAAGCUUAAAAUAAAUUUAGGGUGGAUGUAAAUUUAAGAUUGAAUUUAGGUAGGUGUAAAAUUUUUUGUGGGCCCCAUCCAAUUUAGGGGAUCUGCUGGAUGCAUUUUUUAUCUCAUUUUCAAUUAUUUUAGCCUAAAUUUAGAGUUAGUGAUGCAUUUAGGUGAUCUGGUGGGAGUGCUCUUAGUCACACGUAACUACACUCUCCUCUCCUUUAUAUACGCUAAGUUUAGAUCCUUCAACACACCCCGAAUUCCACUCAACACUAAUUAUAUUCCUUCAACUCCGGAGAUAAUGAUACGCUACGCCGCCGGUGCACUCCUCCUCCUUGCACUCUCGAUCCUGACCGUUGCCGACGGCCGCCGCGAUCUCAUCAAGCUGCCGACGGAAGCUCGCCGCUUCUUCGCCGCGGACAGAGACGCCGGAGCAGACGAGGACUCCGUCGGGACUAGAUGGGCCGUCCUGUUCGCAGGAUCCAGUGGCUACUGGAAUUACAGGCACCAGGCUGACGUAUGCCACGCGUAUCAAAUCUUGAAGAGAGGCGGUCUGAAGGAUGAAAACAUUGUAGUUUUCAUGUAUGAUGACAUUGCCUACAACAGAGAGAACCCCCGGCCCGGUGUCAUCAUCAACAACCCGUAUGGUGAGGACGUUUACGAGGGAGUGCCAAAGGAUUAUGUUGGAAACGCGGUAACUGCUGAAAACUUGUACGCCGUGAUUCUUGGCGACAAAACUGCACUGAAGGGAGGCAGUGGAAAGGUUGUGGAUAGCGGUCCGAAUGAUCACAUCUUCAUAUAUUACACAGACCAUGGUGGUCCCGGAAUUCUUGGAACUCCUGCCGGACCAUAUAUAUACGCGGAUGACCUAAAUGCUGUCUUGAAACAGAAGCAUGCUGCUGGGACAUAUAAGAGCCUGGUAUUUUAUCUGGAAGCAUGUGAAGCCGGAACCAUAUUUGAUGGUCUUCUUCCCGAAGGCUUGAACAUAUAUGCAACAACGGCAUCAAACACGGUAGAGAGUAGUUGGGGAACUUACUGUCCAGGAGAGUACCCGAGCCCUCCCCGUGGAUACGACACCUGCUUGGGCGACCUCUAUAGUAUUGCCUGGAUGGAAGAUAGCGACGUGCACAAUCUUCGGACUGAGACUUUGAAGCAGCAGUACGAGCUGGUCAAGAAGCGAACAUUGAAUGACAAUGGUUACUAUGGUUCCCACGUCAUGCAAUAUGGCGACGUGCAGCUAAACGCGGAGACUCUGUUUCUGUACAUGGGCACAGAUCCUGCCAACGAUAACUUCACUUUCGCGGAGGAAAAUUCUCUGUUUCCAUCUUCGCAAGUUGUCAACCAGCGCGACGCUGAUCUUCUGCAUUUCUGGCAUAAGUUCCGCAAGGCUGCCGAAGGUUCUGAUCGCAAAGCCGAAGCUCAGAACCAGCUCGCUGAGGCCAUGGCUCACCGUGCACACGUUGACGACAGCAUCAAGCUGAUCGGCAAACUCCUCUUCGGGAUCGAGAAGAGCAACGAAGUCAUGAACCACGUCCAGCCUGCGGGCAAGCCCCUCGUCGAAGACUGGAGCUGCAUCAAAUCCAUGGUUAGGACAUUCGAGACGCGCUGUGGGGCGCUAUCCCAGUACGGGAUGAGGCACAUGCGAUCCUUCGCCAACAUCUGCAACGCGGGCGUGGAGAGCGAGGCGAUGGCCGAGGCUUCCGCGCAGGCCUGCACCACCUUCCCUUCCAACUCGUGGAGCUCGCUCUAUCGGGGCUUCAGCGCUUGAUUCGUCGUCGUGUGGGCCCCGGGUAUGUGAUUGUGAUAGCUCUUCUAUGGAAGCAGGGGUGCUGGUGUUGCAGCUUGUAGAUAUGAAGAAGAUGGGGAUGAUAUAUAUAUAUAUAUAUCUAUCUAUAUAUAUAUAUACACAUCUAUGUUGAUAUAAUGAUAUUGUUGCUGGCUUUGUUGUACAUAGUGCCCAGGAAUAUGACGCCCUAUUGUUAUUCUUAUUCAUAUAGAUCAAAUUGGUUGCAAAUGUACUGAAAUUGUGGGCAUCUCUUGAGAUGUAAACAAUUUUCAAUAUUUAUGUUACAAGAGAAAAACAAGCUCAAUUUGAUGAAA